AUGAACAGGUUCAUCAACAUCAAGCAGCGUUUCCGCAUUAGAAGACGGGGUUCGAAGAGCAACAAGAAUGAUCAAGGCUUGGCCUUGCCAAAGAUUGUGGUAGAAGGCAAGCAAGCGACUGGUGAGCAGCAGCAAGGUACGUUGAGCGCACCUGUAACCCCGAUCGAGCCCGCUGUCAGAGCACCAGAGGCAGCGGAGGUCGUCCGUCCGCAUAUGGCUGAUUCUGGGAUCCGGAAGGCGGGAUCAUCGUUAGUGUCACGAGGAGAAGAUGGAGAGCAAUCUGAGCAUCACCCCGAAGCUGUUGAGGUUCCUGGGUCAACACUUCUAAAUCGCACGGUAGAAACCGAAGACGUACACAGCGCGACGGCAGUAGACGAGUCAGAACUCCCAGCAGACUACGAACAAGCAGAGGAACAGUACCAGGAUGUCGAGGUCCAGGAUGACCAAACCGUUCGCGAGCCGAACUAUCUUGAGUUCGGCGCCGAGGACGAAGACGACUACACUGCCGGCCCUGCCCGCCUCGUUGCCACCAAUGAUGGCCUCAAGCCAUGCGCAGCACUACUUAUGACCCUCGAAUUGUCCGCCGUGAUCAAGGAGUCUGUGCGAGCUCAGCGAGGGUAUGAGACUGCGGAACGACGAGCUGCGCGCGAGAGCGAAGUCAUCACAAACUUCGAGAUGGCGUGCGAGCGGGAGAUCUCGAGUCAUCAGACUCGUCUUGCGUGCCUGGAGGAUGCGGCGGAGGCCUAUAAAAGCAUUGAGGUGAUGUUGCGAGAAGAGACGGCUGCGUUGGAGGCUAUGCUUCAGAACUCGAAGAUGGAGCGUAAGUGCAUUGACGCGCGUUUGCAGAGUCAGGCCACUACGCUCAGGGAGAUACAGGGCCUGACGAGCGCGUUUCUGGAGGAGGCUUUCGUCGCUGCGAACCUGCUGGGGCCUAGGACCGAGGAGGUGGAGCCAGAGCUUCCAGAUCUGGAUCUGCAAGAACAAUAUCAACUCUUCCGCGCUGGUGAGCGGAAGGAGCAAGGCUUAGAUGCAGAGGACGAGGUCACUGCACCGCUUGACACGACACGAGGGCACAUGUUGGCACCGCCACUAUCAUCAGAGGAGCAAGCGCGGCAGGAUCUUCGCGAUGCUCUUUGGGCGGCAGACGAGCGUCUGAAUCUCGCUAGGGCAGCUUUCAACCGCCGAAGCAAGGAUCGCGCGUACGAGGAAGACGAACGCGAGGUGCAAUUGCAGCGUGGCGAGCAGCUGCGAGAUGCGACGAUUGAGGACUUCGAUAGGAGAUGGUUCCUGCGGAAUCACGAGCUCACGCGCGAAGUCAUCGAUGCUGAAGCGGGCUUGCGCGAGGCGAAGGCCGCGAUGGUGGAAGGAGGUAUCGAGUACUCGAACGAUGAGGUCUUCUCUGGUUUCGCGGAUCGUGCUUCGGAUGGGUAUGGAAUGCAGUUUGAAGAUUUCCUUGUCAAGUCCGCGCCGCGGCCGAAGAUCACGCAGUGGUUGGACGCUUUGCCGGAGAAGGCUGGAACACCUCUGGAGGAUGAGUUCGUUGGGGAUGAGUGGGAGACGGAGACGAGGUCUGUGGGGAUUGAUGAUAGUGCUAGUGCUGUGCCUGAGGACCCGGUGCAUAAGGAGCGAAUCGCUAAGUGGAGGAGAUUGUGUGGGCUUGAGUGA